AUGAUCCAGAAACCCUAUCUUCUGGCAGACAUACAGCAAGAUCUUAAUGGCUUACCUAAUAUACUUGCUACCGAUGUGCUUGCUGUUGCAGGAUCAAAGAAGCGAAAGAGAUCAGAGCUUGCCUUAGCGAUUGACCGCCAGGGUAUCAACAUCUAUGAUAUUCAUUCGUCAAAGCUGAUUACAUCCUAUGCGAUAUCUCCCCAGGCUGUCUUUACCUGCCCACCAUGCUCCAUUAGAUCCCGCCGAUUAAGAGAUGAGCCUGCUCGAAGAUGUACAUACUGCUCAGUCACGUCCCCCAAGCCCCGACUCAUCUGCUUUUCCGAGUUUUCCAAUGCAGAGAUCACAACUACGUCAAUCAAUCUGAGCAAGGAAGCUGCGCCGGUAUCACAUUUGGAUACCUUUCAGGCUGGUUCUGGAAACAAGCUACUUGCCUUACAUGAUGACGGAACGGUUACGGGCUACUCAAACGGCCUGGAGACCGAGGAAUGGCGUUCAAAUAUCAAUGCUGGCGCCUCAAAUCUGGUUUCGGUACCGGCCAUACAGGCAGCAGCAAUCUUGAGCGUUCAGCAAGCCCGUAAAACGGUCUUGAGGAGUAGAGAGGAUAUCCUAGCAACAUUGGGGCCAGACGAAGAUCCGGUUGAUCGUAGCCUUUUGCUCGUCAUGACUCGUUCUACGACAAAGGAUGCCAACAGCAGUGCUGAGACGCUGGAACUACGAAUGUUCCAUAUCAGAAUGGCCGGUUCGGACACAAGUGGUGUUGCUUUAGGCCCAGGACAAGAACUGCAACCGUUAGCGACGCUAGCCAUGCCUGAGCCAAGUCUUUUCACCUCGAAGAAGUCUCGAAUCACCAUCCAUACUGCGAGUGGGACUAUCUAUCAAGACGCAGAGGGCGCAUUGGCUGUAUACGACCUGACUGGAUCUGUUCCCUGUCUUCUUCACACUGUGGUCCGGAACGACGCCUUCUCGUACUUGCGACUAUCGCCCGAAUUGGUAGCCUCCAGCAGAGGCGCUUCCCUCUCUGUCAUGGACCUUCCAUACAAAUCUCUCCAGGCCGAGGGUACUUUGACAUUGAAUCACGAAGCCAAGGUCAAAGAGAAGUCAAAAAACCCCAACGGUAAACCAACGAUAACCGAAAAUGUGCGGCUUCUCUCGUACUUUGCCCCCUUGGAUGUCAUAGUUGCGCUUGCUGGACGGAAAUUAUUAGCAGUCCAAUUACCCACAACUCAGAAAGUACGUGCAUCUCGAAAGCGCAAAAGAGAGGGUCUGCUUGUGAAUUCCAUUGGCCGUGGCUUUUCAUCAAUGACUGGAGCCACUAAGACUUCUGGGGAAUCAGCCCGCAAAAUCAAAAAUCUAGGCAGCUAUCUACCAUCUCUUGAUAGUGAUGAUUGGAAAAGUAAGAGAGCUGACCUGGACCGGUGCCUCGCCCACAAUGACGAGAAGGAAUUCGAGAGGCUCAUGGCCACUGCUCUGGGUAUGAAGGCCAUCGAGGAAGACAAACAAGCUUCAAAUUCUGGGGGUCGAAAUCACGUUGACCAGCAUGCAGUCAGCUAUGUCCUGAAAGCUAUGUUUGGGGUAGACCAGGCUUCCCUUGAUGUCGAUCCGGCUGGUGAGAAACCAAGAAGUUUAGACAUCCGCUUCUUCCCACACAAAAUUGGCAAUUGGCUGAUUGACAAGGGUCUCCUCACCUUGAGUCAAAUCGAAACGUCACUAAAACAGCAUGGUGCCCUUCCCGUCAUUUCAAAGCUGGCGGCUGGGUCGUUGAUCCGAGCCAUUGCUAAGUUGGAUUCAUCGGUGGAAAUUCUUCUUUCUAUCUUAGCCAGUCCUGUCCCUUUGAGCUCAGAAGAGCUUGUCCACAUUCUUGUCAUUGUCACUCAAAGUCCGAACUCCGAGGCCACGGAGACUCAACGCUUCUGGACUAAUGGUGACGGGGAAGACGACAGCGGUAAAAAUGGAACCUCGCAGCUUAUCAAUGGGCAAACCACCGAUUACCCGCCGUCGUCCUCUCCAAUCCUCCCUGAUAACAACUUAAGUCGCCGUUCACUGUAUUUCGCCAUGAAGAGACUAUACGCUUGUCCUUCUUCUUCUGUAGCGCAGGCCCUCAAGAGAGAGCUGUCAACUCCGCAGCUACGCAUCCUCGUGGAUACCUUGCGAAUGGAGAUUGCUCGAAGCGGAUGGCUUUCCCCGUAUGAAGACAGCCUGGAGGCUGCGGAUCUCAACCUUCAAGACGACAGACAAAUGUGUUUCUUAGCACACCUCCUCAAUAGUGUCAUAGACGGUCUUGGGACCGGUGGCUGGAUACUAGGCAGUCCCAUGACCGACGAUUUGACAGAGACUGCCGAUACUAUAGCAUAUAUGAAAGCGGAAAUUUCAGCAGCACUGGAAGGCAUCGAAGAAGCCACCUAUCUUAAAGGCAUGUUGGGGGAGAUCUUACUCUGCGGUAAGGACUCUCUCAAUUCUUCUGUGACACAGCCGAGGUCGAACGAAGCUCAGCCUACAGCUCUUCCAACAAAGCCCGUGACCAUAGCUCUCGAUGAAGAAGACUCUCAACUUCUACCAUUAGGUCUGAAGCCAGCACCGGUGGUCUCGACGACUAAAGUUGGCGCUGGUGGUGAGCUCAUAAAGCGAAGCAGGAGAGACAUUGGGAGGCUGAAGAGUAAGAUGGUGGGGAAAUAUAGCUUUGAUCGUGUCAUGAUAUGA